UACUGGCUUUAUUUAUGAUACAUAAAGUAUGAUAGCUACCAACAAACCCAAUAUCUUUUGUUCACUCUUUCCUCUGCCUUAAUGAGCAAGACUGGUGAUUGAGAGGGAGGACAUCAUGAUUAUAUUCUAUUUUUCUUUUUUCUUUUCUCACUGUUUUGUUAGCUGUUAGAUUUCCCCUGAUUUUGAGCAUCACUUCUUGUAUGAGCUAACAACUGAAUUGUUAGAAAAACAUGAAUUCGCCUAUCUAUUAACCCCAUUAUCUUUACCGAAGAACACUUUUAGUAAAGCUUACACUGCAUAUAACCUACAUGAGGGUUUCUAUUUUCCAUACUAUAAUCUCUAAAUUUACAAAUUUGAAGGGGUUUCAGUUUGGUAGUUGGCCUUUACCUUCUUUGGUCUACUUGAUAGAAUCUUUGGAAUGGUUUUAUAGCUUUCGGGCAGCGAUGAGGAACUCUAUGAUACACCUGGACUAUGAAACAAGUGAUUAUAGUGUCCAUGCGUUUGAUCCACAGGUUGAUUUCUCACAGUUCCUGGAAGAAGCAAAACAACAUGCAAGAGAGACGAAAUUGAAGGCGUCAUCAACAUAUUUAGAAGAGCCUAGCAAGGGAAAAACAGGAGAAGAGAAAAAGAUGAAAAAAUCAUGGAAGAAUUCUCUGUUUGGAUGGUGGAAAGUGGAGAAAAAGAGCAAAACCAGCACUGAACUUGCAAAUACUUCUCAUAUUUCAAAGCCAAGAAAGGGUCAUGUGUCUGGUCCGAUAUAUGGCAGUGGCAGGGGAGAUGAUACAAGGAGGAACAAGCGUCCAACUUCCGGGCCAAUCACUACCAUCUUCAACCCCGUCAGGAGAGUGGAGAAUGAGAUACCUUAUAUGAGUCUUGAUCAGCUUAAUGACUCUCAUCAUGUUAAGUCUUAUGGACCCGUUUAUUUGGUUACUUAGUUUGUCUAUUCUCUAAGACAAAACUUUUCCAUGGAGUUAAUGCAUUUUGUCAGUGUAGUUUAUGUUGGAUGUUGGAGAAAGCAACUGAUACCUACAAUUGGAUAAUGUUUAUACAGUUGGAUUAUCUGAUAGGAAAAGACUUGAAAUUGAAGUUGUCUUUGUUUAAA